UGGGAGGAGGAGUAGAAGAAGACAAAAGCCGUAGGCGUGGAGGGCUUGGCGGCACACUCGGGCAACCGGCACCGGGAGGCCGCAGUACACGGGGGAUCCUGGUUGGCAGGCAUCAUGGGGAAGGGGGCGAACCGAGGCGAGGGGGCCACCGAGUGCGAGGCGCCGAUGCCCACCUUCAGCUGGGAAGAGAUUCAGAAGCACAACCUGCCCACCGACAAGUGGCUCGUCGUCGACCGCAAGGUCUACAACAUCACCAAAUGGUCCAGACGGCACCCGGGGGGCCACCGGGUCAUCGGACACUACGCGGGGGAAGAUGCUACGGAUGCCUUUCGCGCCUUCCACCGUGACUUUGAUUUUGUGCGCAAGUUCAUGAAGCCCCUGCUGGUUGGAGAGCUGGCCCCGGAGGAGCCCAGCCAGGACCGGGGCAAGAAUUCCCAGAUCAUCGAGGACUUCCGGGCCCUGAGGAAGACCGCCGAGGCCAUGAACCUGUUCAAGAGCAACCACCUCUUCUUCCUCCUCCUCCUGGCCCACAUCAUCGUCAUGGAGAGCAUCGCGUGGUUCACCAUCUUUUACUUCGGCAACGGCUGGAUUCCGACCAUCAUCACGUCCUUCGUCCUUGCUACCUCUCAGGUCCAGGCUGGAUGGCUGCAGCAUGAUUACGGCCACCUCUCUGUCUACAAGAAGUCCACAUGGAACCAUGUCGUCCACAAGUUCAUCAUCGGCCACGUAAAGGGUGCCUCCGCCAACUGGUGGAACCAUCGCCACUUCCAGCAUCACGCCAAGCCCAACAUCUUCCAGAAGGACCCGGACGUGAACAUGCUGCAUGUGUUUGUCCUGGGCGAGUGGCAGCCCGUUGAGUACGGCAAGAAGAAGCUGAAAUACCUGCCCUAUAACCACCAGCACGAGUACUUCUUCCUGGUUGGGCCACCUCUGCUCAUCCCCCUGUACUUCCAGUACCAGAUCAUCAUGUCCAUGAUCGUUCACAAACACUGGGUGGACUUGGCCUGGGCCAUCAGCUACUAUGCCCGUUUCUUCGUCACCUACAUUCCAUUCUAUGGCGUCCUGGGAGCCAUCCUCUUCCUCAACUUCAUCAGGUUCCUGGAGAGUCACUGGUUUGUGUGGGUCACGCAGAUGAAUCACAUCGUCAUGGACAUUGACCGAGAGCCGUACCGUGACUGGUUCAGCACCCAGCUAGCCGCCACCUGCAAUGUGGAGCAGUCCUUCUUCAACGACUGGUUCAGCGGGCACCUCAACUUCCAGAUCGAGCACCACCUCUUCCCCACCAUGCCCCGGCACAACUUCCACAAGGUUGCCCCGCUGGUGAGGUCUCUGUGCGCCAAGCACGGCAUCCCGUACCAGGAGAAACCGCUGCUGAGGGCCCUGCAGGACAUCAUCCGGUCCCUGAAGAAGUCUGGGGAGCUAUGGCUGGAUGCCUACCUCCACAAAUGAAGCUGCAGCCCUCGUGUGCCCAUGGGGAAGGGGGAGCAGUGGGGAUGCUGGCCAAAGGGAGGGGUGGGUUUUGUUCUGAGGGUGUCCACGAGUCUGGGGUACAUGCCAAUUCUCAGACCCCAUUUUUGGUAUGGCUCCUGUUUUCCUCUCCAUUUCCCCUUCACUUCGCCUUCCUGCACCCUCCCUGUGGGGCCUGCCCUCAGUCAGCCCCAACCCCUGGC